ACCCCUAACCAAAACCCUCUUGCUAUUUAAACCGUCCAACCCUAGCCCUAGCCUGUCCAAUCUCCACCAAAUCCCCACGCCGCCGCCACUCUCUCCCUUGGUUUCAGCGCCGAGCCAACCACCAUCCAUCUCCGACCUCCUCCCGUGUUUUCCGGCCACGAGCAGGAGCCCCUGCCUCGCACCUACUGCGGGCCUCCUCACCUGCAAGCAGCCGGAGCAGCAGCUCCCCGUCGCCGGAGGGCAACGGCUCCGCCACCAUCCCCGCGCGAUCGCGGUGCGCCCACCCGAGCCCCUGUGCCAUGCUCCUCCUCCGCCCAUGCGCCCUAGCUCGCCCGUCGUCGCGCGCCUCCAACCUCGACCCCGCCACCAUGUCCUCGCCGGGCCUCUCGCGAGCCCGAUGCUCGAGCUCCUCUGCACGGGCGUCCCACGCGCCUCACGCCGUCGUCGUCCUUCGUCCGCGGCCUCCUCCUCGUCCAGACCAUCGCCGCCUCGUCUCGCUCCAGACCUGCUGCUGUGCUGCCAGCCACCUGGCCCAAGAGCAGAUGAGCGCCGCCCCUCUCUUUCCCCGUGCUCGUCCCCGAGGAAGCAGCUCAGCGCCCCGCCGGCCGCCGCUGAACCAACAGAUGAGCGCCGUCGCUCUCUCCCUUGUUCCUCCUCCCUCCCGUGGCUUCCUCUGCCUCUCAUCCAUCCUUUCUCUUCUCUGUACAGGUGCUCCCCGCGCCAUGGAAGCCACCGCAGGCUCCACGUCGAGCUCCGCCGCCCCUGGAUCUCCUCUCCCCGUGGAGCUACUCGAGCCCUGCCCAGAGCAGCCAAGCCGCCGUUCCCGCCGCGGCCCUGCUCCAUUCGUCGUUGUCUCCGUCAGAUCCGGCGGGUCCCUGCACCCCGGCCUCGUCCCUGGCUCCAGGUCGCCGCGCCGCCCCACCGGAGACCAGCAAGUCCCCGCUGCCGCCGUCGUGCCCUGCUUCUGCCUCGCCCGCUCGUCUCUGUACGUGAGGGGAAUGAGCGCCUCGCCCGCGUUGACCCUGUCCUCGUCCCCGCCGUCGCUAGUCGCCGGAACCAGCAGGCCAUCCUCGUCCGCGCCCCUGCCUCGCCGACACCCAGCUCGCCGGAGCCCCGUUGCCGCGACACCCGUCUUCUGCAUCGCCAUGGCCUGCUGUUUCCUGCUGUUGCCUUUGUUGGUAAUGAACAGCAGCGGCUCGCUCGUCCCGAGCGUUGACCGCGCCUCCAGUGCAUCGGCAGCCAGGCCCAGCCGCAAGCCCCGCGGCCCAGCGCCUCACCACCGAGCCGGCCCAUGAGGCCUGGUGAGCUUCAGUUCCAGCGCCCUCACCAUGUGCUAUUGGGCCAUUCAGUUUCGGCCCGUGUAGGUUUUUUUCCAGAUCUGCGAUUUUAGCAAUUAUCCCAGGAACGUCUGUUUUACAGAAAAACCCCUAAUGUUCAUGCAUCUAAUAACUAAUUAACCGUGCAUCGGAUUAAAAUGAUUUUAAUAUGUAAAAUGCUUAGAAUUCUGUCUAGUUUCACAUUAUGCCAUUUUCAUCCUUGUUUAAAAUGUUUAAAAUGCUGUUUUUUUAAUUUUGCUUAAAUGCCAUGUUAAAAUGAUUUAUUUCAU